AUGGUAUCGGCGCGUAGUACGGAAAGCACAGCGGCGUUACUCCGGCGAUCUUCGGCUUGUUCUUCAGGAACGUCGGCUCCAAUGCGUUUAACGGCCUACGACCGGAGUAGGAAACCACACCCGCUCCGGACGGGCAUCGAUGCGCGCACGAUCAAAAUCGAAUGGCUCGCUCGAGAGUUAAAUUGUGGUCUGUGUAAGAAGACAAUCCAAAAUGCAAUGGUUAUAAGGCCUAAGCCUGAUGCCGAAGUCAGCGUAACAGAAUGGGUGUGGCCUAAAGCGCGUAUGACAACGUGCGGCGGUGUUGUUGAAAGCGCAAAUGGUAAAGUGUUGCAGAACUGUAUGCAUCGAUUCUGCGCGGAUUGUAUUCUGCCAAAAGUUCAGACAGGUGUCAAAAAAUGUCCUCUGUGUAAAAAGGUUCUACCGAAGAAAACGCCGUUAAAAAGUGACGCAAAUUUUGAUUCGGUUAUUAAUAAGUUUGCAAUGUCACCCGAGCGAAAAACACUGAAACGAUCAAUUUCUGAAUCCAAUAGCCUGUGUUUUGCCAAGCGUCGUCUAUUUUCAUCGGAUAACUACGGUGGUAAAAAGCUUUCUUCUGCGACCCCCUCUUCUGCUACACCAAAGCAAAUUCAAUCUCAAACUGUGACCGAAUCAUCGUCCCCAAAAGUGUCGCCAUCCACGUUGAAAUUGUCUCGUUCUCAGCAGCAGCAACAACAACGCGCUCAGAUUUUAUCAUCGUCAUCGAAUGAUGCAGUUAGUGGGUUGGACGAGACGAAACCUUCCGAAGGAGGCGGCGGGGGAGGGUCAAGUCGAGGCACACAUUUUAGAGGUUCACGAACUGAGGUGAUAUCUGCUGAUGAGUCUGUUGAACCUCCCCGACUGGUGAUCGACGAGAGUGCCCGCGGCGGAAUUGGUAUGAAUAAAACGUUGUUGGUGCAGAGAGGUGCAGUGAUAAAUUUUUCAUCAUCAUCGCAAAAUAGCAAUUGUUUGUUGCAGUCGUCAGCCGAUACAAGUGGUACCUCAACUUCAUUAUUGCUGGUCGGGGCGACGAGUCUGAAUUUAGGGAAUUGUUCAAAUGAUGGUGAGACAACGUCAACGAAUAGUAGUGGAUUACCGAAAACGAACUUAGUCUCCUCUCCGUCUUCUUUCGUGAUUACUUCGUCAUUAGCCACAAAUAAUUGUUCGGCAUCGUCAUCGUCACAAAAUUUAGCGUCGAAUGGCAUUCAUCCAUCUCGAUUGGGAUUUGUAAAGUUGACAACAGAUCAGAUCGAUUCGUUAUCGCAUCAAGCUACCCAACAACGAUCAUCUUCUAAAGCAGUAACAGAUAGCAAUAACAAUGCUACAAAUAAUAUUGAUGAUAGUAAUAAUGCAUCACCAACGACGGUGAACUAUAUCCCGAUUCAAUCAAAUGCGCAAACUCCUUUAUCGAGUCAGCAUGUGUCCACAUCACCUGCUCUGAUGAUGGGUGAUAGUUGUUUGUCGUUUUCAACUUCUACUGAUAAAUCGCGUGGUGUUCAGUCUAAAUGCGCUCAACAGAUCUCGAUGGCAGCAACAACCACAACAAAAAGUUCAUUGUCAUCGCAGCAAAAUUCUAAUAUCACCGACAGUAUAAAUAGUGUUUGUGCGAGUAUUUUUACUACAACCCAAACACCAUCGUCGGCAACAGGACGAGAGCAUGCAUCUUCAUCAUCAAAAUAUAAUUAUAAGCAUGUUAAUGGUGAAGUUCUGAGAGUAUUAUCAUUGGAAAGGAGUUCUCAACAACAACAGAACUGCGGCAACAGAUGCUCAACGUCUACGACGAUUACGAAUGAAAAUGGUGCGGUGACUAAGACAGUGAUGACGAUGCCGAUGGAACAGCAGUGUGCAACAACGACAGUUAACAGCGCCAAUAAGCCCAGUUGCACCACGGAUGCAGCUAGUUCACUGUCGAUCACAAGCACGAAUAUGACAACCACUUGUGGUCUAUCGUCACCAUGUGAAUACCUCUUCUUACCGUCCAAGCAACGCAUUUUAACCGGUCUCGACGCGGAGCUAAUCCUCUACCCGGAUGCAUCAGUUACCGUCGAUAAGAAGCUGCCGAAGUGUGCAAAACAAGUGCGCUUCAUACUCACAUACCCAAGUGCAACAGUGGCACAUCUGCGAGAGUUUGUCUGGCAACGUAUUGCUGUCGAGAGUGGAAAUUCGCAGUUGAUACAGAAGUUGAGGAAGAGGAAGUGUUUGGUGAUCAGUGCGGUCAAGGUGGACUUGGGCAUCGAUGACGUGUUGGUGGUGAAUGAAACUGGCGAGGGACAGUUCACAACAAUUUCGAUUCGAAGUGAGCGAUGCGAUGCACAGUGUAGCUCGAUUUUUACAAUCACUGAACCGUUUUCGGGUUAG